AUGACCUUCGGAAAAAUCUCAUCCCCUUCCAGUUCCGUGUUUGGUUCUCCGUCGUCCUUUACGUUCCCCGACGCUAUUUUCACAGUCCAGACCCCACUCCACAUUGUCGGCGCCAUGUUGUACGAACUGAUUGCUGUUGUCCGUCCCGGCAGCCUCCAGGAGGUUAGAGACAUCGCCCGCAAUGCCGGCAUCCAGGUCCUCCGCUCCGGCGGCGUAGUCCGCGGAUUCACCAACUGGGGCACCUUCCGUCUGCCCAGGCCCACGACGAAGCAUCAGGCCCGCUACAAGGAAGGCCACCACUUCAUCAUGCGCUUCGAUGCCUCGGGUCCCGUGCAAUCGGCUGUCCGCAGAACUCUCGGUCUCGAUCCCCGGAUGGUUCGGUUCUCCGUUGUCAAGCUGGGCGACAAGCUGGAGGAGAUCAAGCACGUCGAUGGCAAGGUCGAGUGGAACAACAACCGCACCAUCUCCGAGACGUUCUAAGUCUGAUUCGAAUGUGAUGUGGAUUGGUUGCAGUUAUGCGAUUGUGCGUCGUUUGGGACACGGAAAAUGAUUUAAUUGUCAAUGUAUUAUUUAUGGGAUGGGUUUCUUUGUAUAUCAUAUCAGCAUUAUCGGCGCAUAUACCUUAAUUGGCAGAUUUGGUCAAUAAAGAUGGUGAUCUGUUUCUUCUGUG